AUGGCGUCACUUCUCAAAGUUCCACUUAUUCUCUUGUCUGCUAUCGCGCAGCAAAUAUCGUUCACAGCCCCAAACGUCCCCCCGAGUACAGAGAUUAUUCACCAAACAUUUAACGAGUGGGUCCUCAGUCGGCAUAUUGUAUACGGAGCGAUACGCCAGACAAUUUAUUGGGCUUUUUCUCUCGCAGAGAUCGCCACCAUUGCCUCUCACGCGACGGACUCUCUGUCCGUUAUACAGUCCAUCACACAGUACGCGGUCGGCCACAGGAUUUGUGAUACGCCCAUUACUUUCCCUUUCGUUUUGGGCACCUCACUUGCCGUCACAGGAGGUCUCGUCCGCUGGUGGUGUUUUCGCACCCUCGGAUGUUUUUUCACCUUCCAACUCAGUAUCCGCAAAGGGCACUCUAUUGUCACGACUGGACCAUACGCUGUCAUACGCCAUCCAUCGUACACAGCAGGUAUUAUACAGAUCAUUGGCAUGGUAAUCCUGCACGGAUCGCCCACCUCAUGGCUUAGACACUCCGGAAUUUUAGAUGUUCCUGGACUCAAAUUAGUUGCGGUGGCAUGGCUAGCGCAGAUGACAAUUCUUAUGAUAAACACCGUGUGCAGGGUCAGCCAAGAGGAUGAAGUACUGAAAUCAGCUUUCGGAGACGAGUGGGAGAAGUGGGCGAAGGUAGUUAGGUACCGACUGGUACCUGGGGUCUACUGA